AUGAUUGUAGGUCCCAUAAAAGCACUUUUUAUGGAUGAAAUAUCAACUGGCUUAGACAGCUCCACUACUUUUCAAAUAGUUACAUGUCUCCAGCAAUUGGUGCACAUAAAUGAUGCAACAACAGUGCUUUCACUCCUCCAACCAGCACCAGAAACCUUUGAGUUGUUUGAUGAUCUUAUAUUGAUGGCAGAGCGGAAGAUAGUAUACCAUGGCCCCUGCAGUCAAGCACUCCAGUUCUUUAAGGAUUGCGGUUUCUGGUGCCCUGAAAGAAAAGGAGUGGCAGACUUUUUUCAAGAGGUAGGAAUAGAAACUGUGUCCCUUACCAUUGCGCCAAAGUUCAAGUGA